AUGGCUAUCACCUACGGAAACGGACAGUCUGCGUUCACAAUCCCAACCGUUGACCUGACAGCCUAUCUUAACGACCCAGAUUCUUCUGAGGCUGAGAAUAUUGUGGCACAAAUUCGUGCUGCUUGCACGACCAGCGGUUUCUUCCAGAUCACUGGACACGGCAUUCGAGAAUCACUCCAAGAGCGAGCCUUUGCUGCGGCGAAGGCGCUGUUCCGUCUACCAGAGGAAGAGAAGCGCGGUCUCGGUGGAAAACCAGGGCGUGGGUACGAGAUUAUUGGUACCCAGACGUUGGAGGACGGCAAGAAGCCCGACUUGAAAGAGGGAUACUUUGUUGGCCGCGAGAUCCCUGGCAACAAGCCCCCAUUCAGACCUUUUCAAGAAGCAAACAUCUGGCCUAAUCAAAUCCCAGAGCUGGAAUUUAAACAGCCCUUGCUAGAAUAUCACCGAGCUUUGUCUGACCUUUCGUUUCAGCUCAUGCAGAUCUUGGCCCGAGGUCUGAACAAUUUCGAUACAAGCGUGUUCAAAGAUUUCUGUCGAGAUCCAAUUGCUGCAAUCCGUCUUCUCCAUUACCCUCCGCACCCCAAAUCCGACGAUACAACUUUGGUGGGCGCUGGUGCGCAUACAGACUUCGGAGCCAUCACCCUAUUGCUCCAAGAUGGCCAUUCCGGUCUGCAGGUCUUGAACCAAUUCACCAAAGAAUGGAUCGACGUGCCACCUCAAGAACACGCAUAUGUGGUCAAUGUCGGAGACAUGCUAGAAGCCUGGACGAGCGGCACAUACAAAAGUAACAUACACCGAGUUAUCAACACUUCUGGGACGGACAGAUACUCUAUACCUUUCUUCUUGGACGGCAAUGCAGAUUGUAUCAUCAAACCUCUUGAUGGUUCCCAGGGCAAAGCAUUCACGGUUGAAGAGCAUAUGCUGUCCAGAUACGCUGCCAGCUACAAGUAG